AUGACGUCACACCUUCCCUUCGGAGGGCUACCUUCCGAAGCUUGGAAGGACCCCUCGCGACACGCAAUGAUGUCACACCUUCCCUUCGGAAGGCUCACACCUUCCCUUUGGAAGGCACCCUUCCGAAGCUCGGAUGGACCCCUCGCGACACGCAAUGACGUCACACCUUCCCUUCGGAGCGCUCCCUUCCGAAGCUUGGAAGGACCCCUCGCGACAAGCGAUGACGUCACACCUUCCCUUCGGAAGGCACCCUUCCGAAGCUUGGAAGGACCCCUCGCGACACGCGAUGACGUCACACCUUCCCUUCGAAAGGCACGAUGA